GUACGUCUCAUCGUAUAAGUCUCUCCCAACAACGACACCCAUUCGAAAUAUUAAAUUUUAAAAAAGAAAAUUUAAUUACUGUACGUAAAAGGUACCAACUUUUUGUGAAGUUCUUGACUUAUUUUAAAAGUGUCAGUGCUGUGUUAGACGAUUUAUAAUGUGGGAUAUUAAAGACGCAGGGUAGAAUUAAAUAACUAUGAUCAAAUUGUGAUGACAAAAUGAUAACAAAAGACACGAAGCAACCAUAAGCUUGUAGCAGCCAGGAGGACGAGCGACAGGCGACACCAUGAAUGCGUCGCACACACUCGGGUUCAAUGACUCCAGGGAUGACGUCACAUACCCUCCCACCGAGUGGUUUGAGGGCAACUGCUCGUGGGUGGAUGCGGUGUCCUGGGGCUGUAACGGCACUAACACCACGAGUAAUAACGCGACCUCCUCCGACGUUACGUCGCUCGUCCUCAUGGCGGUCACAUCCGUCGUCCUCGCUCUCAUCAUCCUGGCUACGAUCGUUGGCAACGUAUUCGUGAUAGCAGCUAUCAUCAUAGAAAGAAACCUACAAAACGUUGCCAACUACCUGGUGGCGUCAUUGGCUGUGGCUGAUCUGAUGGUGGCCUGCCUUGUCAUGCCUUUGGGUGCCGUGUAUGAGGUUAGUCAAGGCUGGAUCCUUGGUCCAGAACUAUGUGAUAUGUGGACCUCCAGUGAUGUACUGUGCAGCUCCGCAUCUAUUCUUCAUCUAGUCGCUAUAGCUACUGAUAGAUAUUGGGCUGUUACUGACGUAGACUACAUACAUAUACGAAACGAGAAGAGAAUUUUUACAAUGAUCUUCCUAGUUUGGGGCGCCGCCUUAGUCGUUUCUCUAGCUCCACAAUUAGGAUGGAAAGAUCCUGAUUAUCUUGCGAGAAUUACACAACAACAGAAGUGCCUCGUCAGCCAGGAUCUCGCGUACCAGAUAUUUGCAACAUGUUCUACCUUCUACGUCCCACUUGCCGUCAUUUUGAUCCUUUAUUGGAAAAUAUUUCAAACAGCAAGAAGACGAAUACGUCGAAGACGAGAUCUUCCUCCACCACGUCCAACGUCUGCUGAUGGUGCUCCACCUUCGGGCAGACCAAUUCAGUCAGCAAGAGAUAGAAGAUUUGUUAAGAAGCGUUUCCUUAAUUUAAAGAAAUGUAACCAACGAACUAGAGCAGAAACUAUAGCUGCUGCUCUAUUAUUGACAGAAGGACAAAGCACAUCAACGGUGGAUACAUUAGAUGAAGAACCUCGCACAACAGCGUUCACUAUCAAUGAAAAGGGUGUAGCACCUCCUUCUGUAUCACCAGAAAAAUCUUCUUCGACCGCUACAAAUGGGUCAAAACAGGAACGGACUAUUGUUCCUGCCCUUUCUCAUAGAGAGAAAAAAGAAUCUCUCGAAGCAAAACGCGAAAGAAAAGCAGCUAAAACACUUGCAAUUAUAACAGGGGCAUUUGUUUUCUGCUGGCUGCCAUUUUUUAUAAUGGCUUUAGUAAUGCCGAUUUGCCAAUCAUGUGUGAUCAGCGACUAUCUCGCAAGUUUUUUCCUUUGGCUCGGCUAUUUUAACUCCACUCUCAAUCCUGUUAUCUAUACUAUAUUUAGUCCAGACUUUCGCCAGGCAUUUGCCCGUAUCCUUUUCGGUACUCACCGGCGAGGUCGUAAUAAAAAAUUCUAACGAAAAAAUUACUAUUGUAUAAUGUAUAAUUGAGUCUACUUGAGUCUUAAAAAUGGACUAUAUUAAUCUUCUACUUGUACAACAUUUCGUCUUUCUGUAUGUUAUACAUACUUUAAAAUAUAUACGUAGUGUAAAUAUAAGUUAGUCAAAUUGUAAAUAAUUAAAAAAUUAUAUAUACGAUAGAAAUGUUAAAUUGUUUUUUUAUAGUUUAUGUAGCUGCGACGGCGUCGCUCUCGAGUCCACAGCGACACCGCCGCCUGCUCUUAUGUUGU